GUCCCGGCAACCUCAUAGGCUCCUAUUGGUAUAAAUCUCUAUACCACUUUCCUUGUCUAUUUCGUAUCUUCACUGUCGUAGACAAUAACAUUUGAAGUGUACAAGAGAUGUGACGAGAGUUUUGGGAGGAUCAUCUGCGGGAUGGGCCAUGGAUUACUCCUUGUCUUACGCUCUCAUAGAGCUUGACUCAGCGUCGACCACAACUACUGCUAGUACCGGUGGAUCAACGCAACUGUUUCCACCUAACUUAUAAUCUCACCUUUCCCGUCUUUUCAAGGCCCCGUUCUCAAGAUCUUGUCUAUUCUUGGACCUUUUCGCUUGGACCAAAACGAGACUCACGAUAUAUCCGUCGGACUUGCGACUGCGUAUUAAGUGAACUUAAGAGGACCCGGGUCCUCAAAAAUUGUUGCGAAAUUUACAAGGAUCCUCACGCCAGUCCACGGGGGAACCCUUGACCUUGCAUUUCAACGCACAAACACGUAACAUCAGCGUUCAACGUUCGACGUUCCGUUCUUCUCUCUGCCAGUCACUCUCGCUGUCGUUCCCGCCAACUUGGACGACAAUUCAAAUGCAAUCCGCUCAAGGUUGGUCAAAACGACAUCAGGAUGCCGAAGACGAUGAGGACUACUACAGAAAAACACCACCACCAAGAACUGGAUACGACAUGAGAGGAGAUGGUCCUUCGUCACACAACCGACGUGGGGCGGACGAAUGGCGCCCGGCUGAAGACCGUUACUCAUACUCACCGUCGAAGGAUAAACAUCGUCGAGGAGCUCGGGAUGACUACGAUCCCAGCGCGUGGACACCCAGUAAAGACCCUGAAUAUUCUUCUAGGCAAUGGAAACAACCUUACGAUGCUGACUAUCCUCACCACGAUGAUUCUGCAUGGGCACCAAGGAAUGCGGAUACGUCUCGAGACGCUGGCAACAGUCAGUGGUCUCCAAGAGAAGAGCGUGGUGGCCAACAAGGGCACCAACGGGGUCGUAGUCGUUGGGAUUCUCGGGAAAAGCCUAGAGACUCGGGGUGGAACAGGACUAAUAAGAAGGAUUCCGCACCAAAGGAGUUUCAGAGCGACAAUGGUUGGGAAUCCCGCAGGCGAGCAAAUGCGGAAGUGGCCCCUCGCCAGCAGGCUGACGACGCUGUGGGCAAGUCUCAACUGGACAAUGAAGAUAGGUCAUGGGAGCCUGCAGCGUCGUGGCGGUCGACUGUCAACGAUACAGUAGGCAACAUGAACAACAGCAACAAUCGACCGGGCAAGCAGGGCCAGCGUAAACAUCACAAUCGAAACAAGACUGGUAAGGGCAAGAAGCAGAAUACCAAUCAGCUGCAGAACAAACAGAGGUAUGAUUGGCGUAACGACGAUUCAAAUCCCAAUAAUUGGACGCGAAGAGAUAGGCCAUCUUCCACUUCGAACAAAACUGUCAAUCGCGGACGCAAACUACCACCUCGUACACCUUCACGAUCGCAUUCUCGUUCUCGCUCAAAAACGCCGGAUUCUUAUUAUUCACGUCGAUCCUCUCCCAGAAGAUCGCUUUCUCCUGUUUAUGGUCGAAGUCAUCGGAGAUCACCUAGUCGUUCAUAUGGCAGACGCAGUCGCUCACCCGACGAUCGGCGGGGUAGGGGAACCUACCGUCGUUAUUCCAGAUCGCCGUCAACGUCCCCCAGGACCCCUCGCAGUUAUCGCAGUCCUCCACCUCGACGUUGGCGUACUCCGUCGUCUCUAUCGAGCUACAGUCGUCGGAGUCGGAGUCGGACUCGAAGUCGAACCCCAAUCCGAAAGCGAAGUCCCAGUCGAAGUCGAAGUCGAAGCCGAAGCCGGACUCGUAGUCGUAGUCGCAGUCUGACGCGUACCCUUAGUCGUUCCCCGAGCUUGAGUCCAAAGGAAAGGCCUAGGGCGGUUCACCGUUUACCUGUGGCCACCUCUCUCAACGAUGUCAAGAUAGGCAAGACCACAUUACCGCGAGUAUCUGGUUUGCCGAUGCGACCGGAGGGUGCUCAGAGAAAUGGAAAGGCGAAUGGGAAGCGGAAACAGAAACAGGCUCGCAAAGCGGCAGCGGCUGCUGCAGUAGCAGCUGCAGGUACUAUGCCUCCUCCUACCUUGCCUCCUUCGAAUAUAUCGAAUUCCUGGGACUUGCCGCCUGCACCGUCCACAUCCUACUUCGGCGCUCUUUCACCGCAGAGGUCUGAUGCGCUCUCCGGUCCAUCUCGAUUGGCACCUGGGAGGAACGCAGGUUUCAAACCGAUCGCGCCGCCGAGUUCAGCUGUGAAGAGGUUCUUCCCUGGGAGUGACGAUGAUAGUGGGCAAGACACUCUUCGUGAAGCCUCUAGUUCGAUGGCGAAGCCUCCUUAUAUUCCACCUGCUGAAGCGUAUCGACCACCUCUGGAGAAUACGCAACCGCAACGACAGCAGAAUGGUUUCUAUCAUGCAACACCAGGGCCGCCCGCACGCCGCACGCCCGCUCAUGACGAACAUCUACCUUCUCGAGUCAGCGAUCCCCAUCACCUACCACACGCCAUCUCUCAGAUGCAGAUGCAGAUGCAAGAACAAGUUUUCACUCCAGUUGAUACUAGGCCGUCGUCACCGCGAAGUUCGAAAGGCGAGCUAUAUACUUUCCUCUCACAAGUUGGUGAGGGUACGUUCGGCAAGGUGUAUAAGGCUCGUAACACGGAUACUGGGAAAUUCGUUGCUCUUAAACGAAUACGAAUGGAGGGAGAGCGAGAUGGAUUCCCGGUGACCGCCAUGCGGGAAAUCAAGCUUCUGCAGUCCUUACGCCACAACAACAUUGUACGGCUGUACGAGAUGGUGGUCUGCAAGGGUGAAGUUCAUAUGGUGUUCGAGUACAUGGACCAUGACUUGACGGGGAUUCUGUCACAAAGCCAGUUUUCCUUUACCGAUGCUCAUCUCAAGUCAUUGUGUCAGCAGAUGCUGGCGGGACUUGCGUACCUUCACCAUAAGGGCGUCAUUCACCGUGACAUAAAGGGUUCGAACAUCUUGAUCAACAAUCGUGGCGAGCUCAAGUUGGGUGACUUCGGACUAGCACGCUUCUACCAGAAGCGUCGCAGAAGUGAUUACACGAAUCGUGUGAUCACUUUAUGGUAUAGACCUCCAGAGUUGCUCUUCGGUACCACUGUCUACGGUCCAGAAGUUGACAUGUGGAGUGCAGGAUGUAUUAUGCUUGAGCUGUUCACGAAGAAGCCAGUCUUCCAGGGCAACGACGAAAUCCACCAACUGGAUGUCAUUUACAGGAUACUUGGCACGCCCACUCCUGAACGGUGGCCCGGGGUGGCUAGCUUACCUUGGUAUGAGUUGGUCAAACCUAAAGACCACAUACCGAAUCACUUCCGAGAGCUCUUUCAGAAAUGGCUUUCGCCGGCUGGUCUUGACCUCGCUGAGCACCUGCUCACGUUCAAUCCUGCAAACCGUGCAAACGCCGUUCAAGCGUUGGAAGCGACUUACUUUAAACAGGAGCUGCCUGCCCCGGAGCUUCCUACUGGACUGGCUGGUCUUGAAGGCGAAUGGCACGAGUUGGAGACUAAGCGUGAACGAGCCAGGAAGCGUAGGCGGACUGAGGCUUCGGGAACUGGCGGGACGCAGUAGUAACCAGUCACCGAUAUCAUAUGGAUUGUCCUUCUCGUUACAUUUGCUUUCUCUUUCAUCUAUCGCAUUCAUCGCACAAUGUAAUAUUUGUACACAUGCUCUCGUUUUCCAUCACGUCGUUACCGCUGUCAGUCAUCAGGAUAUCUCGUAUAAUACAUGUCAUGCUUGUGCUGUGGCGAAUUUGACCAGUCC